AUGAGAGCCUUUUACUUACACCUCAUAGCUCUGGCUUCGUUGGCCUUAGCUAAAGCGCCCAUCGUGAACAGAGAUGUCGCGGAUGGCAUUGACAAUAACUACAUCGUAGUUAUGAAACAUGCCGACCACAGCACGAUCCAGGCGCAUUACCAACAAGUCCAUACCGACUCCCAGCGCAAUGACGCCGGAAAGAAAGGAGUAGUGAGGACUUACCAGGUCCCCGGGUUCAACGCCUACCAUGUUGAAUGUGACGAUGCAACACUCGACACUAUUCGAAAGAAUCCGGCUGUUGAUUACAUUGCCAAAGAUGGCAAGGUAACAGCGCAAGCCGCUAUCCGUCGUGAUGUUCCUAAGAGAGAUACAUCACCUAAUACGUGGGGUCUCGGCCGAAUUUCUCAUCGAGAUGCUGGUGUCGCUUCAUAUGUCGACCUAAUCUCUGCUCCAACCCAUGCUUACAUAUUGGAUACCGGAAUUCGAGUGACGCAUCAGGAAUUCGGAGGUCGUGCGACGUUCGGUAAAAACUUCAUCAACGGAGCCCAGGAUGUUGACGAUAACGGCCACGGUACCCAUACGGCUGCGACUGUUGGUGGUAAUACGGUUGGUGUCGAUAACAGCACUAGACUUAUCGCUGUCAAGGUCUUGGAUCAAAACUCAUCUGGUAGCUGGUCUGGAAUCAUCGCUGGUAUGGAGUGGGCUGUGAAUGAUGCCCAGGAACAGGGAAGAAUCACUCGAUCUGUAAUCAACAUGUCGAUAGGUGGUCCCACGUUCCAGGCUCUGGAUGACGCAGUCAAGAACGCGGUAGCGGCUGGCAUGACAAUUGUCGUCGCAGCUAGUAACUACGGCGUUGAUGCAUGCACUUACAGCCCAGCUCGAGCCCCCGAAGCAAUCACAGUAGCGGCAAUUGAUGAAUCGGAUACUCGUCCCAGCUGGUCAAACUAUGGUGCUUGUGUCGAUAUCUUCGGCCCUGGAAACAACAUUUACUCCGCCUGGAAGGACAGCGAUUCAGCAUACGAGACGAUGAGCGGUACUAGUAUGGCUAGUCCCCACGUUGCUGGCCUUGUGACGUAUUUGAUGUCGCGCGAGUUCAUUUCAGGGCCCGCGAACGUUGCCAGUCGUUUACACCAACUCGGGACUCCUAACAAGGUGCAGAACCUCAACGGAAGCCCCAAUCUGAUUGCCUUCAACGGUAACAGAGCUGAGCUAUAG